AGUCAAACAUGACAACUUUCUUAACACCAUCUCCAUAUCAUUUGCUUGAUCAUGAAUAUGGUAUGACACCACAAAACCAAAUCAUUCCAAAUCCUCUUACAUCUCCUUUAACAAAAUCACAAGGUGUAAAACGUCGGUUAAAUUUAGAAACACUUAAUUUUGGAUAUGAAGAUGUUUCUACUGCACCAAUGACAGCUAAACGAAUGAGAAAAUUAUCUAAUUCGAGUGCUGGUAGUGAAUCACCUAGUCCUGCCCAAAAUGUAGCUAGAAAAAAAUGUUCUGAACGUCCAACUCGUUAUGACACAUCUUUGGGUUUGUUGACAAAAAAAUUCAUUGGACUGCUUGAAACAUCUACAGAUGGUGUUGUUGAUUUAAAUAUAGCAUCAGAAAAAUUGGAUGUACAAAAACGAAGGAUAUAUGAUAUUACCAAUGUAUUAGAAGGUAUUGGAAUUUUGGAAAAGAAAUCCAAAAAUAAUAUUCAGUGGAAAGGAGGAAAUGCUUAUGGACCAGAUAAAUAUACUGUUCAGCAUGACAUAGAAGAAAUGAAAGCCAAAGAAGAAGAGUUAGAUAAUUUGAUUUUAAAUACUGAAAGAGAUAUUAAACAAUUGACCGAAGAUAAAAGAUAUGGAUAUGUAACUUAUCAAGAUAUAAGAUCAAUUGAAUCAUUUAGGCAAAAAACAGUUUUAGUUGUUAAGGCUCCUCCAGAAACUGAAUUACAAGUACCUCAAGAUCAUGAUGGAGAACAAAAGAUGUAUAUGAAAAGUAAUGCUGGAGAAAUUGAAGUUUUCUUAUGUCCAGAAUAUAAUACCAAUACAUCUGGACAUCAACCACAAAGUCAGUUAAGGCCAUAUAUACCUCAGAAUUCCAACGAUUCAUUGAUUGGCAAUACUGUUAUAAAGUCACCCCAAAAAUCAUCUGUUAUUCAACAGUCUCCAACUUAUUCGUCACGUAAUUUCAAAGUGGAAAAUAUCAAUACUGAAAUUACAGAUAAUGAAGAGAAUAUAGAUGUAAUUGAAGAAGAGUGUACAAAAGAGACAUCAGAUGAACAGCAAUAUUUACCUAGUACAAGUGGUUCCGCUAAUGAUUCAUUUGAGAUAACUUGUGAACCUUUCUUGAUGCUUGAACCACCAAAUGAAGAUGACUACAACUAUUGUCUGGAUUCUGAAGAAGGUCUUGGAGAUUUGUUUGGCUUCAGGUUAUAAAUUGGUUAACAGUUAACAUUUUAGUUUAUAUUUUUAAGUGUGAGUGUGUAUUUUUUUUCUAUGUAAAUUGAAA